GUAGGAGAAAAUGUGGGAUUCUCAACGUGAAAUUUUUAAUUUGAAAAAAAGUUUAGAUUAGGACAUGAAGUUAGUUGAGAGUUGAGACUGCGAGUAUCCUCACACGAGAAACUACCUACUCACCUCCAGCUUCGAUUGCCGACAACCAUGGCUGCCUUCAACGUCCAAGAAGUUCUUCCUCCAACAUUGGAUUCGACUGCUGAUCCACCACCAAUCUUUGAUGGAACCACUAGGUUGUAUCUGAAUUACGAGUGCCCUUUUUGCCAGCGUGUCUGGAUUGUCAGGAAUUACAAGGGUUUACAAGACAAGAUCAAAUUGGUUGCUGUGCACCUUCAGGACAAACCUGCUUGGUAUAAGGAAAAACUAUAUCCUGAAAAUAAGGUGCCUGCACUGGAGCACAACGGCAAAGUCAUUGGAGAAAGCUUAGAUUUGAUAAAAUACAUAGACUCUAACUUCGAGGGACCUGCUCUUUUACCUGAUGAUCCCACCAAACAGAAGUUUGCUGAAGAGAUGAUAGCCUACUCGGACACAUUCAUGAAAAAUGUGUUGACAUCAUUCAAAGGAGACCCUGUGAAAGAAGCUGGUGGUGAAUUCGAUUACUUGGAGACAUCACUACAAAAGUUUGAUGACAGCCCAUUCUUCCUUGGUCAAUUCAGUCAGGUUGAUGCUGCUUAUGCUCCAUUUAUUGAAAGGUUUCAGAUCUUUCUACAAGAAGUGUUCAACUAUGACAUAACAUCCGGCAGGCCAAAUCUGGCUGCAUAUCUGGAGGAACUGAACAAGAUUGAUGCUUAUAAGCAAACAAAAUGUGAUCCUAAAUUUCUCGUUCAGUUGUACAAAACCCGUUUCAUGGCCUCAAGCUAAAUCAGUUGCUCAUAUCUGAAACAAUUUGGGUCGUCGUGUGAGAUUAUAGUGCGUUGUCAACUGGUUGGUUUAGUGAGAGACUCCAUGUAACUGAGUGUGCUGUUAUUUGCAACUAAGUCAUACAUUUGAUGAACUUUACAAUGAACAUAAGUCUGUAUCACUGUAUUCUCCUUGUUCCCUAUGACAUUGGGGCAAACUGGUGCUAGAGAAGCCAAGUAAGGAAUGAGGUCUAUGAACUCUGCAAUUCCUGCAGAAGCUGAACGUUCAAACAGUAGCGCCAACAAUCACUGUAAA